CUGGUGGCGCUGUCCUUCCUGACGUUGCUGCCGGUCGGGGUGACGAACCCGACCGACGCCGAAAUAUCUCGCUCCCGGGGCUGGUACCCCUUCGUCGGCCUGCUCUACGGUGCCAUGGUGUUGGGCUUGGUGGUGCUCUUCGCGAUGGUCCCGCCGCCCUUCGUUCAUACUGUGUUGGCAGCGGCCUUGCUGGUGGUCAUCCCGGCCUUGGUCAACCGGUUCCUGCACCUGGACGGAUUGAUGGACUUCUGUGACGCCAUGUGGGGCGGGCGCACCGUGGAGCGCCGGCUCGAGAUCAUGCGGGACUCGCGCGUGGGCUCGUUCGCUGUGGCCGGCUGUUUCUGCGUGCUUCUGGUCAAGUUCGCCGCCCUGUCCUCGCUGAUGUCGUACGCGGCUUUCGCCGCAUCCCUGCUGGCAUUCCCGGUAAUAUCCCGCUGGUCGAUGACACUGCUGCUUACCGCCUUUCCCUACGGGCGGCAGCAGGGGAUCGGCAGCGCCUUUUUCGCCGGCGAUCGCCCCUGGCUCGCAACCGCAAUCGCCCUGCUGACCGCUGCUGGCGUGUGCUGGCUGUGCCUGGGGGUGGUGGGCGUGUCUAUCUUGGCCAUAUCCUCGCUGCUGACCCUAGCCCUGGGCCUUUGGACCGCCCGUCGUCUGGGCGGCGGGCUCACCGGCGACUGCUACGGCGCGACCAACGAGAUUGUGGAGGCGUUUUCACUCGCCUGUUUCACCGCAUGGCCCGGGUUCGGGCAGCCGCCAUAUCUUGAUUCGGGGUACGGAGCGGGAAUCGUCUUCCACUACCUCAACUGGCUGGCCCCGCAGGCCGGCUGGUACUCGUACUCCCCAUGA